AUGGAAGUCUGGAGACUGAUCCCUACCUACCUACUUCUGAAGAGCUUCCCUGCAAUCCCUGCAAUCGAGCAUAAACUGCCUUACUCAGCUUACCGCUUCGUGAGACGCGCUCAUAACACUGCGACGAUAACACUUCUAGGAGUCAAGAUGGAAAGCCCUCACGAGCAUCAACAGAACUUGCUACUCGGUCGGAUCAUCACCAACGUGGAGAAACUCAAUGAAGCCAUCAUGCUUUUGAACAAGAGCCUUCAAGAAAUCAACAUCCAGAACAUGAACGUCGAGCUGGUCGCUCAAAUGUUCAAGAACUACCAAUCGAAUGUGCUCUUCCAUCUAGAAGCGACGGAUGGUCUCCAAGAUCCCUCUUAG